GAAGCAUCACGCUCCCCCUACUAACACCCCUACCCCCCUAUUCUAAAAGCCGUGUCUAGAAACAACACGCUCCCCCUACUAACACCCCUACCCCCCUCUCCUAAAAUCCGUGUCUAGAAACAACACGCUCCCCAUACUAACACCCCUACCCCCCUCUCCUAAAAGCCGUGUCUAGAAACAAACACGCUCCCGCUACUAACAUUUCUCAACACACUCCGCUACCCACUGAGCCUAACAUAACUAACCACCAGUCAUUUUUACCAACUUCUGGUAAUCCACACGCCUUCCCCAAUUGCUAUCGUCGGCCACUUCAGUGCCACUGUUGACGAUAACACAAUGGUUGAUCACCCAAAUGAUAUUAUUACUUAAAUUUGUUUUAAAGAAACUUAUAUAUAAUUUUUUCACAUGAUAAUUCGUGGAACUGUAUCAACUACUCGAAAAUAACAGAGUAGUUAGAUUUCAGUGUUAUGCCAGAUUUACGUUGACUUGUAAAUAAACCAUUUCAAUUAACAUUUCUUGGUGUAGAGUAGAUAUUUAACUCAUAGUGAUGGUUGCAAUGUGUUAACCUUAAAAUCGUUCCCUACAUAGUGUGUUAUUGUAUUAACAAUUACUAAAAAAUAUAUUAAUACUUUAUAAUGUGUAAUUAUUUUUUUCUAAUAUCAAAAAAUAAUCUAAAAAUACAUUAUAUAUAUUAUAAAGUGAUAUUAGCCAAGCAUUUAAACACGAAUUCAUAGCAAAUUAUUUUUUAUAUAAGUGUAUUUUGAAUUUCUCCAAUUUUUUUAAGAAGACUGAUUUUAAAAUGUUUUGGAUACAAACUAAAUAAUUUUUUCAGAAGAAACUACUUAGGUAUUCUAAGAUAACGUUGCAAUCGUGCCGUAGUUUCCGGACGGUCAAAGAAUAGGGUGUCGCGUCUACUCUAACCUUCCACCGUCGCUCACGAACCCAACUCAACUCCGCACUGCGCAUGCGCACACUCCACGGACGACAUAACCUCACACCACACCCUGCGCACACGGUGCACACGGCGUUCCCUUGGAAUGACGUCACCAACUCCUCUAUAUGCAGCUCGUGUAUGUUAGUCAUUGUAGUGGGCAUCAGCUAAACGUCCUUCUGUUUUGUUUGUCUGUCCCUCUGUCCAUGCCUCUCGGGUCCUCUCCUCUCCUCUGCAAUCCUCGACUGGACCUCGACUGGGCCUCGACUGGGCCUCGACUGGGCCGGACAUGGCGGACCACAGCUGCCGCGACACACGGACAUCGGCAGGCUACGACCUGCCGAUCCCCGAGCGCAUCUCCUCGGACACGUACAUCCGCCGCCUGCUGGGCGACUCGCGGUCCGUGAAGCAGGACAUCGUGAACCGCUCCUACUACAGCGACGCCGCGCGGCGCGCCCUGGGCAAGGGCCACCUGGCUUGUGUCACCUUCGCAGGCGGCCGCGGCAUCCCGCGGCGCCGCAACCUGGCGCACGUCGACACCAGCGUGCAGGACGACGUCACCUUCCUGUCGCACUACGGCCGCGCGAGGGAGGCCGCGCUCGAGCCGGAGGCCGCAGGUUCUAGAAGGUUGCCAUCAACUUUCAAGGUACCAUCCAGGCCCAGCAGAUUCUACAACCCAGCGCCAUAUGUGGAAACUAAGCAGGACUUUUCUCUGGAAAGUCCCAGCGAGAUGUUCUGCAAGCCGCGCGCGGAGCGGCAGGUCUCGAAGGACGAGCCUCUGCCCUCCGAGGACGUGGACGACAUGGGCGCCAGGCUGACCCGCAAGAAGAAGAAGAGGCAGGAGGAGCAGGCGAGGCUGGAGGAGGAGGAGGAGCUGGCUCGCAAGGCCGAGCUGGCCCGGCAGGACGAGCUUGCCCAGAAGGCCGCCAGGGACCGCCAGGAGCAGCUGGAGCGCAAGCGCCAGGAGGAACUGGAGAGGCAGGCAGAGUUGGAGAGGCAGGCCGAGGCUGAGCGCGAGGCAGAAUUGGAGAGGCAAGCUGAGGUGGAACGGCAGGCAGAAUUGGAGAGGCAAGCUGAAGCGGAACGGCAGGCAGAAUUGGAGAGGCAAGCUGAGGCGGAACGGCAGGCAGAAUUGGAGAGACAAGUUGAGGCGGAACUGCAGGCAGAAUUGGAGAGGCAAGCUGAGGCGGAAAAGCAGGCAGAAUUGGAAAGGCAAGCUGAGGCGGAAAAGCAGGCAGAAUUGGAAAGGCAAGUUGAGGCGGAACUGCAGGCAGAAUUGGAGAGGCAAGCUGAGGCGGAAAAGCAGGCAGAAUUGGAAAGGCAAGCUGAGGUGGAACGGCAGGCAGAAUUGGAGAGGCAAGCUGAGGCAGAAAGGGUUGCAGAGCUGGAGAGGCAGGUCGAAGCUGAACUUCAAGCAGAGCUUGAGAAACAGAAUGAGCUCGAGACGGCAGAGGACGAUGCCAAGCCCGAACAAGAGGCCAAUGAAGAAGACCAGGCUACAGAUAAAGCCACCGAAGAAGAGGGAGGGGCAACCCUGGAAGACCCAGAAGGGGAAAUUGAACCAGAAACACCAGCUGACGUUGUCCCUGCCACAGAUGAAAUACCAGCAGCUGUAAAGGAAGACGAACCUGAACAAGAAGAAGAAUCGACUACUGCAGAUCCUGUUGUGGAAGAGCCGCUAUCGCCCCAGGAUGAGAAUAUUUUGAAAUCUUCUUCUGUUGAAGAGGUAAAAGAUGACGAAGAAUCCGAAGAAGAGUGAAGUUGUUGGCAUAUGAUGGUGACAACAUUAUCUCCUUAUCUAGAAGGUUGAUGGAAAGUUGACCAUUCCACCAGUAAAUAAAGACAAAAUUGUAGGGAAUCGUCUGCAUUGGAAGUCAUUGCUAACUAAAAUGAAGCUGGACAUCAUUAUUUACUUGAUUUGUAACAGUGAGUAAAUGUUGAUGUACGGUUACAUUGUUAUUUUAGUAAAAAAAAGGCCCAUAGUACAAAAAUUACACCUAAUAUGAAAACAUAUCCUCAUGCUGAAAUCAAGAAAGGAAAUGCAAACACAAAGUAUCAUGGUUCAAACACGGGUGUCAAGGAGAUAAAGGUUGUAACAAUUAUCUUGACUAAAUAGAAAACGAUACAAAAAGAGUUGUUAUACUGUGUUUUCAACUUUAAUUUCUAACAGGGUUUCUUUUCAUUGUAACAUCUUAAGAGUGUUGAAUGAAUAGAGUAGUGUACAAUGGACAAUGGUUUUCAUUUAUCAUAAAUUUGUUUUGUAAUAUUUGAAGGUAAAUAUCAUUACAGGUCUUUAUCAUAAAACCAAAUUUAGUUUUUUUUACAUGAGUUAAAUCUUAAGUUUUAAAAAUGGUAGAACUAAAAAUUUUGCUAAGUUUUGUUGGAUCCCCUUUUUUUUACUUUCAUCUGUUUCAUGAAUUAAGAUUCAUGUAUUAAAAUAUUGGUGUUUAGUAAUAACUCAUAUUUUAAAUGGUAUUUCUGCAUGUAAAAAAAAACUACUGUGAUUUUCAAGAUACCAGUAUACUGGUUUCUGUUGUCUUUGUUUUGUUUGACUAUGGAGUGAGUGUCUCUCUUAGAUUAUGUAAUUUCAUGUGUCUUAAUUUCUAGUGAAAAUAAACACCCUAUUUCUUGAAGUUUU